UCUGGGCCAUUCUGGAUCCUGGAACAACCUGGACCCCGGGAGGACAGGAACCGGGACCAGACAGAACCCUGGGAAGACAAGAGCCUGCACCAGGCUGGACCCUGGACUAGGCUGGACCAGGGAUAGGCAGAAUCCUAGAGCAGGCAGAACACCGAGCCAGGCUGGAUUCCAAGCAGACCGAACCACGAGAGAACAGAACCUAGGGAAGACAAGGAUCCCAGACGGGCUGGACCAGGCACCAGGCAGGAUUCCAGAGAACAGGACCCCGGAAGAACAGAAGUCUGGACCAGGCUGGUUCCAGGGAGAUCAGAACCUCAGACCAGGCAGGACCCAGAGGAGGCCAGAAAUACUGGGACUGGGCAGAUCCUCAUAGUGCUGGGACCUCAGGACAGACUUCACAAUGUAGCCCCGAUUCCAGGCUAUCAUUCACAGAAAAUGGAAAAGGAACAAGGGACAGAAAGAAGGUGCAGAAGCCAGCCAGAACUCAGAGUAAGGAGGGAUCAUCGCAUCCACUUGGUGGCCUGAAGCCUCCAUGCCACCGGGUGAGGAAGGACUCACAGACAUCCAGAGGAGAAGCCAAAGAUGUUGACCAGGAAGAUUAAACUCUGGGACAUAAACGCCCACAUCACUUGCCGCCUGUGCAGCGGCUACCUCAUUGACGCAACUACAGUGACUGAGUGUUUGCACACAUUCUGCAGGAGCUGCCUGGUGAAAUAUCUGGAGGAGAAUAAUACCUGCCCCACUUGCAGGAUCGUGAUCCAUCAGAGCCACCCACUACAGUAUAUUGGUCAUGACAGAACCAUGCAGGACAUUGUUUACAAGCUGGUGCCAGGCCUCCAGGAAGCGGAAAUGAGGAAACAGAGGGAAUUCUAUCACAAACUGGGCAUGGAGGUACCAGGUGACAUCAAGGGGGAGGCGUGCUCAGCAAAACAGCACUUAGAUCCCCGCAAUGGUGAAACCAAAGCAGACGACAGUUCCAAUAAAGAGACAGCAGAAGAGAAGCAGGAGGAGGACAACGAUUACCACAGGAGUGACGAGCAGCUAUUUCCUCAGGAGAUGCCUUCUACAAGAUAUUUUCACACCCAGAAACCCCACCUGUGGUCAAGGGACAUCUGGGGUGGAAAUGUGAGCAUCUGUCUGGAAUGCAAUAGCAGCAAACUACGGGGCCUGAAGCGGAAGUGGAUCCGAUGCUCAGCCCAAGCAACAGUGCUGCACCUAAAGAAAUUCAUCGCCAAGAAGCUCAAUCUCUCCUCCUUCAAUGAGCUGGACAUUUUAUGCAACGAAGAGAUCCUGGGCAAGGACCACACUCUCAAGUUCGUGGUUGUUACAAGGUGGAGAUUCAAGAAGGCGCCCCUCCUGCUACACUACAGACCCAAGAUGGACUUGCUGUGAGCCCAGCCAGACUCAGCCCACACCCAACGCUCUACACGGCAAAAUGUGUCGUGGAAUGUUGCCUCUGGGUGCCAUGUGGACCAGAUUUCUGAAUAGAGAAUAUUUAUAACUUUUGUAUGAGAGAAUCCACUCCCAACAAGACACUACCAGCACGCGUUUACAGAGGGUGAAAACACUUCGCAGUUCGCUCGUCUCUGCUUCAGGUCUACAGGCCAGAGAAUAAGUGAAAUGGUGGCACGGCCCACGCCACAUCCGACAUCAGCGCCUCUGCUUGCUUUCCAGGUCUUGAGAAUCUGAGUCCGUUUUGGUUUAAUUCGUGGAUUAGGUUUCAUGAUAAGCCUCAAAAAUACUUGUACUUUCAUUAAGUCCUUCCUAAGUUAUUGAAAGUCUUUUCAUGGUAUAUAUUUAUGUUGCCUUUAGCUUCCUGAAGACUUAAGAGAUAUAUAAAAAUUUAAUUUAAAGCGCACCCAAAGAGGCUUGCAGUAAUACUAUUAUUUAGCCAUGGUAUUUAAUUUCCCACCUUCUAGAGUACAGUAGAGGCCCAUUCCCAAGUUUAAGUCUUGUCCUGUGCAUCCUGGGAUGAUGGCCUGUGCUGGCUGGGCAAGGCAGGACCCUCCAUGACUCCCCAGUGUCAUGUGGCUGCAGUGCCGGCCCCCGCAGUAAGGCAGACUAGAGGAGAUCUGGCAGUGCAGCACUGGCUUCUUGAAAAGUUCUUGAAAUAAUCUCCUUGGAAGGCCAUCCCUGAAGUUCCUGCCUUUCCCUUUUUGUUUUCCUUCUGCUGGCAAGAUGUGAUGGUGGCUGUUUGUCACUAUCAAACGACACAAGCCAUCCUGUGGGGAGACCUUGUAAAGACACUUGGGAGGUGGCCUCUAACCUCCAUGUUCCUGGUAGUUGGUAUUUCCAGGCUUGCCUUCCUGCUCAUGGGGUUAACAUGCAUUCUUUGGGUCCCUUUUCCAUGCAAGGUAACUGAGCAACCUGUUAAGCAGAGGUUGCUUUUUUGGUCACAGACAGGAUACUAUUUGGUAACCUCCCCUUUCACAUGUAAUUUUUGUUGUUGUUGUUGUUGUUGGGUUAAAGAAUAAGAUGCCAGCAUAUCCAACUUUAUUCUCCCUUAGGGGUAUGAAGGCAAGAGUGCAAAGAAGGGGUACUGUCCUGGGGUUCCCAAGGACCUCUCUAAGUCUGGGUGCCCUCUUACCUCUCCCACUUCCUGCCCUUCCAGGCCCCAUGGGAAUUGUAGAACCCUCUGCUCUUGGUGGGCAGAUGAGGAUCUUAGUGUGUCCCUUAGGCCAGGCUUCUGAGUCUUCGCCUUAACAAUUGGAAUUUUUCUUGAAUUUAUUUUGAGAGUUGAGAUUGGGUUUAUCAACACCCACUUCUUCUACUUCCUCUUUCACUUCCACAGUGUCAGAAGCAGCGACUAGUGAGACCUAAUGUUACUAAGGAUAAAACAUCCAAAUUAACUGAAUCUUUAAUGUUUGCCCUUCUAAAAUAAAAGCAAGCUCUUUGGAAUUGAACAAAAUUCACCUCUCUAUUUAAGCCCAGGACUGUUUGGAUUAUUCAGUUUCCUGAGUUUGCUAUUCAUCCAAAUCAUUUCUAGAGUUACUCCACAAGGGUUUGUGCGUAAAUAUUACCUGUCUACCUCAGAACACAAGUGCUGCUGAAGCAUUCUGCAAGACCGUGUUCUCACACUGCAGUUACAUUAGAAUUUAGGUAUUUUCCCAUGUGGUGAAAUUAAAGAAGAGUUAAACGGUUAGAAGCCUCCAAAUUAAAAUAAAGUUAAUUUACAGUUCAGAUCAAACUUAGUAUGGCUGUAUAAUCUCAUGAUAUAUAUUUGUAACUUUGUAGCUACUUUUAGAAUCACUUGACUUUGCUAUGGUGCUAAGUUGAUAGAUCUAAGUAUUCAGCGAGGCGGACAUGGCAACUGAUGUCCUAGCUGGGCGCCACUGCCCCAACAGCUCUGCUUCUGUCACCACGUUAACCUGAUAAACCUCAGCAGCAAAAAUACCUAUUUUUCUAAGAUUCCAUCGCGCGCCUGUCUGCACUGCAGACAGUUUCCCGAUGCCCUUCUGCCCUUUGGUCUGACCUGUAGCCUUACCUCGCUCAUAGAUGAAGCAGAGUGAGCUUGCGUCAGAUGGAAGUUUCCGGGCGCCUUGUUUCACUCCUGCCAAGCUCCAUGUGACAUCCAAGGCCGAAAUUUUAUUUUUCCAGCAUGAACAGUAGGAUCAGUUAGUGAUUGGUCCUGUCCAGCUUUCUCAGCAGGCGGAGCUCCUGUGAAGUUGUUUUCAUAGCUGCCGAUGCUAGAAAUCGGGUGCGUCCAGCCGGCAGCCCCGGGACCAGCCUCCCAGCACGUGGUCUCGCUCAAUACCAUUUUCACGAAAAUAGAAAACUCAGAUAGAAUAUAUAAUAUUGAAUUUAAGACUUGGGGGGUUAAAAAAAGAAAACUUAACUUUAUAAAAUUAUUUAUUCUAUUUUAAGCCUUCUAUCAUAUUUUCCCAUCCAGUUGUUUGGUUUCCGUGGUCCAGCUUUAUUUACAGGCAUAUAAGAUAAAAUUGUGAGAUGUUUUGCAAGCUUCUUUUACUUUUUUGUAGCCUUUGGUUUGUAUGUUCUUAUAGGGAUGAAGAGCAUUUUUAUGCUUUUGUGCAAUAGGUUCCAACAUGCAUUUAUUAGAGUGUUUAAAUUGUGAUCUAGCAUCAGUUCUACUAAAUUGAAAGGGAAUAUAGGUGGAAUUUCAAUAUCUGUGCAUUCAGCUAUUUGGUUUUGCCUUUUUUAUUGUUAUUAUAAGAAUGUUGUUACUGGGAGUGUGUGUGUGUGUGUGUGUGUGUGUGUGUGUGUGUGUGUGUGUGUGUGUGUGUUCCAUCAAUAUUAAAAGAUAAGCAGCCAGAAAGGAAGUGAUGAGGUUGCACCAUGUUAGGCUCGUGUCUACUGUGGGUACACCCAAGUUCUUGAGCUGAGUCUGUGGCUGAGCCAUCCUGGGGGUUGGGAUUUCCUUGUCUCCACUGAUGAACCUGGCAGUGCUGCCCUUGACAGGCUUGCUGGCCUCUGAUGCCUGCCCUGGCAUCUGAAUCUUUGCAGGCUGGUAUACUUUGUUUCUGAGGGCAUACAGGGUGGUGUAUCACAGUGCUCUGAAAUGUAUCAUUAGAUUAAAUGUUCCAAGAAUGAGCCAGCUGGGUUCUACUUUGUAUAUGGAUAUUGAGUAUGCUCCUAAAACACUGAAUUUAGUGCAGAUGGUGAAAUCUCUCUCUCUCUCUCUCUCUCUCUCUCUCUCUCUCUCUCUCUCUCUCACACACACACACACACACACACACACACACACACACACACACACACACAAGUGUCUGUUUCCUCAGGAAAUCAUUUUAACUCCAACACAUCACAUGUGUCCUUAACAUGAAAACAGAAGUUUUCUCUGCCUUGAUAUUAAAUACACCAAGUAAAUAAAUUGGGAUACAUAGAUUAGAAAAAUCACUGAAUUGUACCACAGUCUGCAUAUCUUGCGUUCCUCCAGGCAGGAUUUACUACCAUCAGGCUCCCAUCAGGAAUAGCUGUGUGGGGCUGUGGCUCUCACACCCAGUGUUCCGCCUGUCACUUACUCCCAUCCAAGAGCACAUUUGGAGACAGAACUGAAAUGUGCCUGUGAGAUGUGUGUGUCACUUUAGCAUGUCAGUUCCAGCUCUAAGCUUGUACCAGACACAUUUUUCCCAAGUGAAAGUAACAUCGAGUCACAGACAGCAGCACCACCUGGGCUCUCACCUCGGAAUGCAGCCACAGCCAACAGUUGUCAUGGUGUUUGAAAUGAUGCAGAUUCAGAUUUUUUGACUGUUUAAUUUGAAAGUUUACAUUUUUUAUGAUUGUGUUAGUGUGUAAUUUUUGUACCAUCAGUGGCUAGUUUUUGUCUGAAAUCUUUUUUGGAAUAUUGCUUAAUGUUUUGAUUUCAUGAUAGUGAAGCUUGUAUUCAGUGUUUUGCCAAUUAAUAUUAUAUGCUUGUAAUAAAAGCAGAAGAAAAACUUAA